UAGGCAUUGAACGUGGCCAGCGCGGCCCGGCCCAGCUCCCCCUGAACUAGGGGCGGAGGAGACGGCUCUGCCGGCGAGCGGGGGGCAACGGCAGCCCCGCGGCCCGGAGCCUGCCCGCCCCUGCGGCCCUUACCCCCCGGCCGCGGCUCUGCCCGCUGCGGGGCCAGGCGGCCUCCUCCGGGCAGCGUUUGCCCGCGUCCCCUCCCGGGCCGCGCUGGGCACCGUGAGGGGGGCUGUGUUGGAGCUGUGUAGUCCCAAAGUUUCGCAGAUACAGGAGCAUGUGUUCAGCCACACGUCAGUUGUGCUCGGAGACACAGGCUUUGCUGUUUCCAUCCGUCCAUUUUAUUAGGGACACAUUAAUCUAUAAUCAAAUACACCUCAUAAAAUUUUUAUUGAAAGGCAUAAAAUCAUUACAGAGGUCUUCCACCUGUUUUAAAACAACACAAUGGGCAUCUCUUUUAAAAAGUGUAUCUUUUCCAUGGAAACUUUCUGUCCGGGGGGGCGGGGAGCGGAUAAUAAUACCCGCACAUGCUCUGAAAUAUGGAAGUACCGCAAUGUGCUUUUACUGUAACAUUUUCCUGUUUUAUGAGAAGUCGUUACAGUCCCAGCUUGCGAUGGUUUGUUUUUACAGGCAAGAAUCCCCCUUUCCCAGCGGGUUUCCUCAGCAGCUUGGAGUGUGAUUAGCAAGCCAAGGCUGUUGGAUUUAUUUAAACACCCUGCCUCUCAUUGAUUAAGAAAUGAAUGGCAGAAAUCACUCAAAGGAGGUGAAGAAAUAGUCCGCGCCCGCCGCGGCCGUGGGCUGCCAGCGCAGCCACGCCCGCCGCGCCCCGGGCAGGCAGGGCGGGCAGGCGGGCAGGGCAGGCGGGCAGCGAAAGCGAGCAGGGCAGGCGGGCAAGGCGGGCAGGGCAGGCGGGCAAGCAGGGCAGGCAGGCGGGCAGGCAGGCGGGCAAGCAGGCAGGGCGGGCAGGGCACGGCGGGCGGCCCCGGCGCGGUCCGGGCACGCAGCCGGCGCGGCGCUCUGUGCGGGGCCGUUGUUGAUGAUGAUUUUUUUUUUAAUCACAGCAGCCCCAGUUUAGCGGAUUGAUUUACUCGCAGUAUUGGUAAAUAUGAUCACGUGGGCUCCGCAACCAAUGGUUGAGGGUUGCAGUCUGCAAAAUACUACGAUUGUUCUCCGGGAGGGUAUCAUAUACAGUUAACAGUGUAACCUUUUAUAUGACUAAGAGGGGAGCCUAAAAUGUCGUCUAGUGGCACCAUAAGUAACUAUUAUGUCGAUUCUCUCAUAGGCCAUGAAAGCGAAGAAGUUUACGGGAGUAGAUUCGUCCAGGGAGGUCACAGUGCGACCUCCAGGCCAUCAGGUGUUGCAGAGAGUUCAGAUUUUUCCUCCUGUAGCUUUGCACCAAAAUCCACCGUGUUCUCCACCUCCUGGUCCACGGUUCACCCUCAGCCGUCUGCGGCAAUGACCGGGAUCUACCACCCCUACAUGCACCAGCCCCACUUAGGGGCAGCCGACGCCGGCCGCUACGUGCGCUCCUGGAUUGAGCCCUUCCCGGGCUUCCCGGGCGGCGGCGGCGGCAGCGGCGGCGGCGGCGGCAGCGGCGGCUCCGCGUCCAGCUCCGGCUCCUCCAACGGGCGUCACUACGGGAUAAAGCCGGAGACGGGAGCAGCCGCCUCCUCAUCUUCCUCCUCCUCCUCCUCCUCCAAAAGGACUGAGUGCUCCUCGUCCCGGGAAUCCCAGGGGAUCGGUGUGCCCGAGUACACGUGCAGCUCCUUCCUCCAGGAGCCCCGGGAGAAGGCGGCUGCCGGCAGCUCUAAGGACCCCGCCGCCUGCAGCCACAACCCCAGCCCGAGCAGCGAUCUGAAGGAGGAGAAGCAGCAGCAACUUGACCCAAAUAACCCUGCAGCAAACUGGAUCCACGCUCGUUCAACGAGGAAAAAGCGUUGUCCCUACACAAAGUAUCAAACUCUGGAACUGGAAAAGGAAUUUCUCUUUAACAUGUACCUCACCCGAGACCGCCGUUACGAAGUAGCUAGGAUUUUAAAUCUCACAGAGAGACAGGUCAAAAUCUGGUUUCAGAACAGAAGAAUGAAAAUGAAAAAGAUGAACAAGGAGAAAGGCAAUAAAGGGGACUAACGCUGGGGUAGAAACGCAUUUGGGGAAUAUUGCUUUAGUUUUGAGUUUGGGGCUUUUGGGUUUUGUUUUAGGUUUUGUUUGGAGUUUGGGGUUUUGGUUGUUGGGUUGGUUUUUUUGUUGUUGGUUUGGUUUUAUUCUUCCCCUGCCCCCUCAGCCCCCCAUACGUUUCUCCUCCUCCUCCCGCGCCCCCCCACCCCAGAAACUUUAAAUCAAUCUGGUCUUUUUUUUUUUUUUUUUAAGAUAGAAGUGAAACGUGGUCUGUGUCAGGUAUUUUGGGAAAUUUUGUCUUGCUCGCCAACGUGUUUUGCAGAGUCGCUUCAUCCCCCCCUCCUCCUUCCCAGACCGUUUGGUUGAAGAUAUUGUGAGUGCACGUUAGCUUUGGGAGCUCUAUCUGAUGUUAAAUGUUUGACAUGUUUCUUAAAAGUGAUGUAGUCUAGAUAGUUACUUUGCCAAAACAAAGGUAAGGAAAUUAAUUAUAAUUACGAUAAUAAAAUAUAUAUUAAAUUACAGUCGCUUAAAUCAAUGGGGGUGCUGUGUUGUCCACGAUUUACUAAGAGGAAACCUUACCCAAAACCUCUGCUUUCUAGGUCUGAAUUUUGCUCCUUCGCAAUAGAUGUCACAGCGAGGCCACGAGCUAUUCCCCCCUUUAGUGCACUAUUAGGAGGUUGUCUCAUCCUUGAAGCCGUUCGCAAUAGGCCUAACGUCUCCCGGUCCCCCGGCUAGCUGGCGUCCCUGCCCCCGGUGACUGUUGUAUUAAUUAACCACCUCGUGUCUCGAACUACGGACCUGUUGUAAUUGUUGUCAGUUAUUACACAAUAAAGUCUGCCGUGACCGAACGACAGCGCUGCGGUGAGAGGAGAAAUCUGUGCGCCCCUCGCGAUGCUCUCCGCGCCGCCGACCCCGCCGCGCAGCCCCCGCGCAGCUCCCGCGGAGCCCACCGCGGGCCGAACAGUGCCGAGCCGGGGCCGCGGGAAUGCGCGGCCGCGCUGCCGGGGCAGCAGCACCUCUGGCAGCCACAAAGGCCGGAGGAAAAUGAUUUCCCCCCCUCCCCUCGCCUAAUGGCUAUUUGCUCUUGGAGGUCAGUGGCGGGGAGGCCGAAUUCGGUGCGCCGUGUAGGUGCGCCUGCUGCCGGACUGCUUCCGAACGCCUUAUGUACGAGCGGUCUUUGAAACAUCCGCGAUCUCUUGGGAUCAUUUAGGAAAUAUUUCCGCACCGGUCCUCCAGAGCCAGUGAAACAAAAUGAUGCCUAUUCGCUUAAACCCUUUUUUUUUUUUUUUUUUUUUGGCCGUUUCUAACCUCUGCGCUCUUUAAUCUGAAGGUUGGGAAGCUCUGGGGAGACACGGCUGCUUCCAAACGUUCAGCUUUGUUGGCGAGAGCUCAUUUAGCAACGCGUUUCAUGCCUUCUGCAUUUAUAAACACACAUGACUUUAUCAAGAUAAUUGAGAUGAAGUUCAUUGUAAAAAAUGCUU